AUGAGUCCGGAUGGCGACCCUGGCACUGGCGUCCGUCAGUGCACACUUCAAGGAAGCAAGAUAUCGGUAGAAAGGGCCAAGCAAAUGAUAACCGAUGUCAUCACAAGAGCAGCUUCACGUCCACCAACCCAGAGUUAUGCCCCGACAGAUGGUCGUGCCAUCACUGUUGAAAUGACUAUACCAGCAACGAAAUGUGGUCUUGUCAUAGGAAAGAUGGGAGAGACGAUCAAACAGCUACAGGAACAAGCCGGUUGCAAAAUGGUUAUGAUACAAGAUUCACAAGAAGUAACUGGACAGUCAAAACCAUUACGUAUAACAGGAGAACCCGACAAGGUUGAACUUGCCAAGCGGUUAGUAACCGAUCUUAUCAAUUCUCGGGAGGAUAAUGGCACUAUACCCCGGCUAUAUUCAGAGCAAGCAACAGCAAAGGGAGAGGUAGUCGUCCCUCGUGCCAGUGUUGGCAUGAUCAUAGGUAAAGGAGGAGAGACCAUAAAACGGCUUGCGAUGGAAACGGGGACGAAAAUACAAUUCAAAGCAGAUGGUACGUUGACUUAG